CCAUUCUCCGCCCGCGUCCCCGAGCCGCGGAUGGGCGAGGAGCAGCGGAGGUGCCGCGGCUGUGGGGUCGGGUGACGCAAAGCUUGCUGCAGACGUGUGGCCUUGAAGAGACAAGAGAUAAUUGAUGCCAUUAUGUGUGCGUCAGCCAAAUAUAACACCCGGGGUCCAGCCCUCAUCCCAAGAAUGAAAACCAAGCAUCGCAUUUACUACAUCACUCUCUUUUCCAUAGUUCUGCUUGGCCUAAUUGCCACAGGAGUCUUCCAGUUCUGGCCUCACUCCAUCGAGUCGUCCAGUGACUGGACUGUUGAAAAACGCAGUGUCCAUGAUGUGCCUGUGGUCAAGCUUCCUGCUGACAGCCCCAUUCCUGAGCGGGGAGACCUCAGCUGCCGGAUGCACACCUGCUUUGAUGUCUAUCGAUGCGGCUUUAAUCCCAAAAACAAAAUCAAAGUAUACAUCUACUCACUGAAAAAGUAUGUGGAUGAGUAUGGGACGUCAGUGAGCAAUACUAUUUCCAGGGAAUACAACGAGCUGCUGACUGCCAUCUCUGACAGUGAAUACUACACUGAUGAUGUCAACCGAGCCUGCCUUUUUGUGCCAUCCAUAGAUGUCCUCAAUCAGAACACACUCCGUAUCAAGGAGACAGCUCAGGCUUUGGCACAGCUGUCCAGAUGGGAUCGAGGCACAAAUCAUUUACUCUUUAAUAUGCUGCCUGGAGGGCCACCAGAUUACAACACUGCACUGGAUGUUCCUAGAGAUAGAGCUCUGCUAGCUGGUGGAGGCUUUUCCACGUGGACUUACCGGCAAGGCUACGAUGUCAGUAUUCCUGUGUACAGCCCUCUGUCUGCAGAAGUGGAUCUGCCAGAAAGAGGACCAGGUCCCCGCAGGUAUUUCAUUCUGUCAUCUCAAAUGUCUCUGCACCCAGAAUACCAGUCUGAGUUGGAAGCUCUUCAGGCUGAGAAUGGGGAAUCGGUGCUGCUCCUUGACAAAUGUACAAAUCUGUCAGAUGGGGUCCCUGCUGUUCGCAAACGCUGUCACAACAAUCAAAUCUUUGAUUAUCCUCAAGUGCUUCAGGAAGCUACAUUCUGUGUUGUUCUACGUGGAGCCCGCCUCGGACAGGCUGUACUGAGUGAUGUUCUUCAAGCCGGCUGUGUCCCAGUCAUUAUUGCUGACUCCUACAUCCUGCCUUUCUCUGAGGUUCUGGACUGGAAGAGGGCCUCUGUAGUCAUCCCUGAAGAAAAAAUGCCUGAAAUGUACAGUAUUCUGCAAAGUGUUCCCCAACGACAGAUUGAAGAGAUGCAAAGACAGGCAAGGUGGUUCUGGGAAGCAUAUUUUCGAUCGAUGAAAGCAAUCGCUCUUGCUACUCUUCAGAUUAUCAAUGAUAGAAUUUAUCCAUAUGCUGCCAUUUCUUAUGAAGAAUGGAAUGAUCCCCCAGCUGUGAAAUGGAGCAGUGUGAGCAAUCCACUCUUCCUUCCAUUGAUUCCACCACAGUCCCAAGGAUUCACAGCAAUUGUUCUGACUUAUGACAGGGUGGAGAGUCUUUUCCGAGUCAUCACCGAGGUGUCCAAAGUGCCCAGCCUGUCCAAGUUGCUCGUUGUCUGGAACAACCAGAACAAGAAUCCACCUGAAGAUUCCCUCUGGCCAAAGAUUCGUGUUCCUCUGAAAGUUGUUAGGACUGCAGAAAACAAACUCAGUAACCGCUUCUUCCCCUACGAUGAGAUCGAAACAGAAGCAGUGUUGGCUAUUGAUGAUGAUAUCAUUAUGCUAACCUCAGAUGAGCUCCAAUUUGGCUAUGAGGUUUGGCGUGAGUUCCCAGAUAGGUUGGUUGGAUAUCCAGGUCGACUGCAUCUUUGGGACCAUGAGAUGAACAAAUGGAAGUAUGAAUCUGAAUGGACCAAUGAAGUCUCAAUGGUGCUCACUGGGGCAGCAUUUUAUCACAAGUAUUUCAACUAUCUUUACACCUACAAAAUGCCUGGAGAUAUCAAGAAUUGGGUGGAUGCCCAUAUGAACUGUGAAGAUAUUGCCAUGAAUUUCCUAGUGGCAAAUGUCACUGGCAAAUCAGUCAUUAAGGUGACCCCACGGAAGAAGUUCAAAUGUCCAGAAUGCACAGCAAUCGAUGGGUUAUCACUGGACCAGACACACAUGGUGGAAAGAUCUGAAUGCAUCAAUAAGUUUGCCUCUGUCUUUGGGACCAUGCCUCUGAAAGUGGUGGAGCACCGUGCUGAUCCUGUUCUGUAUAAAGAUGACUUUCCUGAGAAACUGAAGAGCUUUCCCAAUAUCGGCAGCUUGUGAAGGCAGCUGUGAGACAAACCUGAGCACUGAAAACACCAGCAGAAGAGGUACUAAGAAGAAUAUAAGGCUCUGAAAGAAAGAAAAAAAAAAAGCUAGAGAGUGGGUUAUAUCUGAGGGAGAUGGCAAUUAAUGUAUUCUGGUGCACUGUCCUCCUUUUAUAUUGCACUAAGAUGUAGUGAAAAGCUGGACAACUCCUUCUCUGUUGCUCGUAGAGGAUUGAAUCUAUUGACAAGUCCUAUCAGAACUGUCAAACAAACAACAAAGGAGGCUGUGCACCUGGGAGAAUAAAACUGAGUUUCUCUCUGUGGUGUGACUGUCUUCUUCAAUUCAAUGUGCUAUGGCCCUCUGGUUUGUAAGCAUCCAUCCAUCUGAAGCAACUGUCUCUGCAUGUAUGGUGCUUUUUUGGGAGAGCCUAUUUUCUGGGUGGUUGGUGGACUUCUGCUUAAUUUUGGUCUUACGUACCUACGUAACAAACAUUUUUUUUCUGGUUAGUGGGACAAAUGUUUAUUUUUUUUACAAUAUCAACAACAAAAAUCAGUAUUUUGCUACGUGGUUUAAAAACCUUUUUCUUUUUUAUACAAAUUGAGGCACGCAGCAGGAUGGUCAUUAAUGCAGAGAGCUGCAGGAUACAACUCCACUUGCUGUAGCCUUCCUUUCUGCAUAAAUCUCAGGUUUUCUUCUGCAUCAAUGCAAGAGACUGGGAGUCUAUGUCAAAACUAGUUGUAUUGUACAGAAAGAAACGUGUCUUUCUCUAUGUUUGUUUUUCGUUAUUCAGCAGAGCAGCCAGGUAACAAUUUUACAUCACAGUCAUGUGUUGCAACAGCAGCUAUAAAGUAAAGGUUUAAUGCUUGGAUUCUCUUCAGCAAACAGUCUGUUUUAAUACUGAUUUGUAAACCACUUCAAUUUUCAGAAAUUCUCACUUACAGCUUUAAUGUGCAGGGUUAUGUGCAUGUGCAAGGUACUAUUAAUGCACACUGUAAUCUGCUGGAAAAGAAUUGCUGGAUCUUAGUUUGUAAUUUAACUAAGGAACCCAUUGCUGCAGGCUGCCAUUGAAACAUAGAGCUCCACUGAAACAUGGAGAUCCCUUACCUUUCUUGCGAGCCUUGGCAAUAUUUCUCAACACUGAAAUUAACUUGAAUUAGAAAACUAAAUUCAGUAAAAUUAGAAAUAAAAUUGCCUGGACUAUU